AAGCAGUCUGGCGCAGAUGCGCGUGUACGAUCGAGCGUGUAGCAUCUCGGAGCUCUUGGUGUCGCACGCAACUUUCUGCUAGAGUGACGUAUAUAUACGGCAGUCAGUUUGUUUUGCAUUCGAUCCAAACCUCACCUCUAUUUCGGGGGAGACAUAACUCGUCCAGUCGGAUACGUCGAUUCACAAGCGGAAUCGUAAUCGAUUACUUGUUGGAUUGAAUAGAUUAUUAUCUACCGAAAUUAAUACACAGUUACUUGUGUAAUUGUCACAUUCUCACAAUGCCAUUCACGGCGGAUGUGGCAGCGAGUCAGAUACAGGAGCAUCUGAAGAGCAUUUACAAUCUCCUGCACGAUAUAGAGAGUCAACGGAUCCGUUCGGAGCACAACCUAAACAACAUCAUGAAGACCCACGAUAAAGUCACGCCUGACGACAAGGUUUCCCCUUACUACCAGCAGAAGCUGAAGAACUUGUAUAAUGCCGCGAUGACCGACGCUCAACAGGAAGAGGAGAUCCUACGCAAGGCUCUCUCCAAGAUCAACGAGAUACGCACCAUACGAAACGAACGACGCAUACAGGCGCGAAACGCCGGCAACAAGGAGACCAUCAGACGCGGAGCACUAAUGAAGAUGGUGCAGAGCACCGCGCAGACUCUACCUCUUUAUGUAGGAAAAACACCAGGUGCCAAGCCACCACCCUUGUGUGGUGCGAUACCAGCCGAACCGACAUACAUCGCAAAGAUGGGUGACAUGGUGGCAGCUCUGGUAAAAGGCAACGAGGAGGGGGAGAACUGGAUCCUAGCCGAAGUCGUGCAAUUCAAUCCCGCGACGAACAAGUACGAGGUCGACGAUAUCGAUGAGGAGCAGAAACCCCGUCACACAUUGUCGCGGAGACGCGUGGUGCCGUUGCCAUUGAUGAGGGCGAAUCCCGAGACGGAUCCGCACGCCCUGUUUCCGAAAAAUUCCACGGUAAUGGCAUUAUAUCCGCAGACUACCUGCUUUUACAAAGCGAUCGUGAAGCAGCUACCAACCACCGCCACGGAAGAGUACAAAAUUCUUUUCGAGGAUGCCGCUUACACGACCGGUUACUCGCCACCGUUGAACGUGGCCCAGCGUUACGUAAUUUCCAUCAAAGAGAGCAAGAAAAAUAAGAGCCAGUGUUAAUAAACAGUAUUACUCUUUAAUUUUAAUCCGUGAAUUAACUUUUGAUUUUUUUUAAUUAAGAAAAGACCGUGUAUGCACAUACAUAUAUAACAAAAAACACAGUACACGAUUGCGAAGAUCAUUCAUAAGCUCUUUUUUGCAAUACAUAUGUAUAUAUGUAUAUAUCUAUCAAGC